UGUUCUCUCCUCCUUCUCUGUGUUUCCUCGCUUGAUGAUGGGAAUCAGCUUUUCCUCCUUGCUUCCGGACCUGAAUGGAUCUCCGAUUGUGCCCUCGAAACCUCUUUGGGUGAUUUGCCUGAGAGCUGCGUGGCUUUGAUUCUCGAAUAUAUGAAUCCCCCGCAGAUUUGUGAAUUGGCUAGGUUGAAUCGGACUUUCCGUGGGGCGUCCUGGGCCGAUUUUGUGUGGCAAUCGAAGUUGCCUCCCAAUUGUGAUCUUCUUGUUAAGAAAAAUUUCGAUGAUUUUCAGAGCGAUUCGGGCGGCAAGAGAGGGAUUUACGCUCGGUUGUGCCGAAAGAAUACUCUUGAUGGAGGCUCUAAGGGAUUGAUGAUCGAAGAUAUUGGAAUCAUAUCCCGACUGAAGACUUCGGUGAGAUUCUUCAGCUGUCGUUAUCUUAGGUAUUAUAAAAUUUUUGUAGCUACGGGAACAAUUCUAUUUCUUAUCACGUUCCACACUGUUGCAUAUCUUCGGCAAAUCUGGUGGUUUGAAGUUGAUGGUGAGGUAGAGUUUCCAUUUCCAGCAGGAACAUACAGCCUAUUCUUCAGACUACAUUUGGGACGAGCCUCGAAGCGACUUGGCCGAACAGUUUGCAACACUGAGCAUGUUCAUGGCUGGGACAUAAAGCCUGUACGAUUCCAGCUAUGGACUUCAUAUGGACAGUACGGUUCAUCUCAGUGUUUCCUGAAAGAGCCUGGGAAAUGGGUUUUUUACCAUGCAGGCGAUUUUGUGGUUAAGAAUGGGAAUGCAUCGACAAGAGUUAAGUUCUCUAUGACUCAGAUUGAUUGCACCCACACCAAAGGUGGUCUGUGUUUAGAUUCUGCGCUGAUAUAUCCAAGUGAGCUUAGAAAGGUUAAAGCAUUUUUAAACUGUUCUUAACCAUCUGAGUAGGAAUUCGAAUGUAAGUGUAUGAUAGAUGUGUCAAAUAGGAGAUUAGGGCGGCUUAAGGAGGGAUAGAGAAUCGAGUUUUAGAAUGGUUCUUACUAGGUGUUUACAGGAGGUGAUGUAAAAUCUACCAGUUUAGUGAAGUAAUGGUGCCUGAUGUUUAUGGUUCUGGUCUCGAGCUGUUAUUAUUUUAUCAGUUCAUCUUCAUGAAUCUUUAUUGAUAUUUUGCGUUAUCUUAAUAUUCAGGCGUCAUUAUCUACUUUAAA